AUGACCAUCCUUAUAGAUCUCAUCAACAUCAUUGCUGUCACCAAGUUUGGAGUGGAGCAUUAUUACUUCAACGAGCAUGAUCAGUCAGCAUGGUCUUCCCUAUGCUCACCCACCUCUGACAUUUCCUUCUCUGCAUUGUGCACAGGAAGUGGCCUAACAUGCAAACAAUACUCCCUCAUUACCAUAAACAUCAUCCUGUUCUCCUAUCUUGCCCUUGGGUCCCUCAUCAUCAUCUUCCUCAUGGAGCUCUCCUUCAUCAACACCCUCUUCCCCACUACCUCCAGCACACACAUCUUCACCUGCCUAUACUCUGCCUUCGGAAUCAUCAACAUUGCUAUGGCUGUUGGGCUCUUCUACAAGACUGUACUUGAGGGGUUCAAGGUCGGCACGGCUACCAGCAGCGGCUGA